AUGAAUAUAUUGGCACAUCAAGGUUCCACAGAUAACUUCAGUAGGCCUUUUCUUGGCUCUUCCAGAGAUCCGGGACAAAUCUCCUUGGCGCUUUAUUCGGGACUUUUUGCGUACAACGGUUGGAAUUACCUUAAUUUUAUCGUCGAAGAGCUGAAGAAUCCAAAACGGAACCUACCACUAGCCAUAGGACUGUCCUGCGGAAUCGUCACCGUCGUUUACGUGCUGACCAACGUCGCGUUUUACACCGUCAUCAAUUCCGACGAGUUUGUCGACAGCGACGCUACUGCGAUAGUAUUCGCUGAAAAAGUUUACAAAGGAUUUUCAUGGAUAAUGCCGAUCUUUGUCGCCUGUUCCACAAUCGGCUCUGCAAACGGCGUUAUUUUGACCGCUUCAAGGUAGGA